AUGAAGAAAGAUAUUGCGGAAUUUUUCCCUAAGUGUCCCAAUUGUCAACAAGUGAAAGUUGAGCAUCAAACGCCGGGAAGUUUUUCUCAAGAUUUUAGUAUCCCUAUUUGGAAGUGCGAAGAUUUGAACAUGGACUUCAUGAUUGGUUUGCCUCGCAUCCGUCGACAACAUGACUCGAUUUGGGCUAUUGUAGAUCGGAUGACGAAAUCGGCUUAUUUUAUCCCCGACAAGGUUUCUUUUUCGGCAGAGGACUAUGCCAAGUUAUAUUUGAAGGAGGUGUACAUCUCCAAUAGGUUGGUUUUAGGUUGUGAAGCUGCCCUAAUAGGUCCCAAGUUGGUACAUGAGGCAAUGGAGAAAGUUCGACUUAUUAGAGAAAGGUUGAAAACAGCUCAAAGUCAACAAAAGUCAUAUGCCGAUGUGAAAAGAAGUGAUCUUGAGAUUGAGAUUUUGAGACGAAAUGGCAAGGUUGCUUAUGAACUUGAAUUGCCUAGUGAGUUGGCAUUGGUACAUCCAGUUUUCCAUGUCUCCUUAGUGAAGAAGAGUGUUGGAGAUGCGACAUCAAUAGUCCCCUUAGAAGGUUUGGGAGUUAAGGAGAAUCUUUCAUCUGAGGAAAUUCCGGUUGAGAUUUUAGACCGGCGAGUUAAGAAGUUGAGAAAUAAUGAAAUUGUAUCGGUGAAAGAUCUUUGGAGGAAUCAGUUAGUUGAGGGUGCUACUUGGGAGGCCGAGACCGAUAUGAUAUCCUGA